AUGAAAUCAGGAAAUCUGAAUCUAGAAAGACUCUUCUGGAACGUCUCCAUGCCCAUUCAGACAGCUCCAUCCCUGCUGACCAUAGGUCACUUGGCAACUUACUGGCGGAUAUCACGAGUGGUCAGCAUCAGCUACGUCACAUUUCCCGACAUCGCCUCCCAUGAUCCCUGGGGCGUAUGGGCUUGCAUCGAAGCUUGGAGUGAGUGA